AUGUCAGGUGUGUUUGGUAUCAGUGCUAACGUGGUAUCAGUGGUGAUGUUUCUGACAGAGAAGAAGUUGCGCUCCUCCGUCGACAUCCUAUUGCUCAACCUCGCCAUCGCCGACAUCGGCAUGACAGGCGUUUGCUUCCCCUUCACUGUGUCUUCAAACGUUGCCCAGCAAUGGCUGUAUGGAGAUGUUGGAUGUACAAUCUACGGCUUCCUCGGCUUCAUUUUCGGCAACGCCACCAUUUCUACGCUGUCUGCCAGCUAUUGGGUGUCAGUCAGAGCGUUGUUUGCAGAGCUUGGAACCGGUAUCAAUCUCAUGGUUCAGCUUCUCAUCGACAUGGAGGCGGCAGAGAAAGGUCCACCACGCAGCAAGACGAGUCGAGGUUUUGUGUUGACUUCACAGAUCGUCGUGCACGAGUGUGGAGAAGGGCAGGAGAACGAUAUCAGGACGCUAAUGUUGCUGAACACGACAGAUAUGGUGGUGGGUCGUUGA